AUGUCUUUCCUUCUCAGCAACUUAACAAAUGACUCUAACCUGUGGAAAGUAAGUCAUAAUUCUACGGACCUUGUGAAUUCGCCAGCAACUCCGACUCUUUCUCUUUUCUGCCUGAUCUGUUUAAUGACUCUCGCAGCUCUGGUGGGCAGCAUUUUCUCACUGUUUUCCCUGCUGACCGUGCAAAACAGAACUGUUGUGUCCUUGCUUGUGGCUUCCUGGUCUGUGGAUGAUCUCUUGAGCGUCUUCUCAGUGGCCAUCUUCAUGUUUUUGCAAUGGCCAAAAGAGACUCCAGGCUACUUCCAGUCCUUAUGCACCACCUCUGCCUUAGUGUAUUUGUGCCAGGGCCUCUCCAGCAACUUGAAGGCGUCUCUUAUAGUCUUCUACAACUUUUAUACGAUGCACAGGACAGUGGCGAGUCAGUCAGCCUCCUUGCGAUCAGGACAGGUGCUUGGUGUGGUACUGACUGUGUGGGCAGUCAGCCUGCUGCUGGCCGCGCUCCCACUGUGUGGCUGGGGCUUCUUCGUGCGCACGCCCUGGGGCUGCUUGACCGACAGCUCCAGUCCCUACGUGCUGCUCCUCUUCGCCGUCUACGCUUCCGCCUUUGGGCUCCUGGCGGUUCUCUCCGUCCCUCUCACUCACCAGCUGCUGUGUUCCGAGGAGCCGCCGAGACUCCAUGCCAACUACCAGGAAAUUUCCCGUGGCGCCUCCACUCCCGGGACCCCCGCUGCUGGGGGAAGAGUGCUCUGUCUGUCGCCAGAGAACGUUGCGAUCCCAGCUCUUAGAUGCGCUGGAGGAUGCUCCCCGAGCUCCGACUCGGUGCCUGGCCCAGGUCAGUCUGCUGCCUCCGGCUCUGGAGCCAGCAAGCGAGAAAAUCCCGGGACUCCCCAUGGCAUCAGCAGCUUCCCCGUGAGCCUGGCACAGAAACGCUUUUCUUUGAUCCUAGCGCUGACGAAAGUCAUCCUUUGGCUGCCCAUGAUGAUCCACAUGGUGGUAAAACACGUGGUGGGAUUUCAGAGCCUUCCGGUCGAUACCCUCAGUUUCCUCCUAACCCUGCUGGCCAGCGUUGUAACCCCAGUGUUUAUCUUGUCCAAACGCUGGACCCACUUACCUUGUGGCUGUAUCAUCAACUGCCAGCCAGACGCCUACUCCGUUGAGUUCGAUGGGAAAAAGUCCAAGAGGAAAGGUUUUGAAUUCAAUCUAUCGUUCCAACAAAGUUAUGGAAUUUACAAAAUAUCACACGCAGAUUACUAUGAGGAUGAUGAAAAUUCCAUAUCCUAUCACAACCUGAAGAACUGUGAGUGCGAAGCUACAAAGGAGCCUGGGGGAGACAACCGCAAUGUCUUCAACGCCAUUACAGUAGAAAUCAGCACCACGCCACCGGUGGACAGCACCACACUGUUGGGCGUCAACAAGUGCACCAAUACUUCAGACAUCCCAGAGGCCAAAGCCGGCUUGAACGGGGAAAAGAGUGCUUUGUCUGUUCAAACAGAAAGUGAUAUUAACUAUGAAGAAACCACCAUUUUUGAAGGUCCAGAAAGACGAUUGUCUCAUGAGGAGAAUCAGAAACCUGAUCUUUCAGACUGGGAGUGGUGCAGGAGUAAGUCAGAACGAACCCCUCGCCAGCGUUCCGGUGGGCUGGCUAUUCCCUUAUGUGCAUUCCAGGGCACUGUGUCUCUCCAAGCACCUACAGGGAAAACCCUCUCUCUAUCUACGUAUGAGGUCAGCGCAGAAGGGCAAAAGAUCACCCCAGCCUCGAAGAAAAUAGAAGUCUAUCGAUCCAAAAGUGUGGGCCAUGAACCCAACUCAGAGGAGACUCCCUCCACGUUUGCAGACACCAGCGUGAAAAUACACUUGGAGGUCCUUGAAAUCUGCGACAACGAUGAGGCUUUGGACACUGUGUCAAUCAUCAGCAACAUCAGCCAGUCCUCAACCAAAGUCAGGUCUCCUUCUUUGCGCUAUUCGCGGAAGGAGAACAGAUUCGUCUCCUGCGAUUUAGGAGAAACUGCCUCCUACUCCCUCUUCUUACCCACAAGUGAUCCUGAUGGUGAUAUCAACAUCUCCAUCCCAGACACCGUGGAGGCACACAGACAGAACAGUAAGCGGCAGCAUCAGGUCAGGGAAGGCUACCAGGAAGAGAUCCAGCUGUUAAACAAAGCCUACAGGAAAAGGGAGGCAGAAAGUGAGGUUAGUUAGGGAUUGACUGGUCUUACAGGGUCAGACAGCUCUGCAACCCUGGACUGCAAAACUUGCCCUAGUCCUGAGACUCAUUUCCCACUUCCUUCUAAUCAUGGGCUUACAUAAGCUUUCCUGGUUCUUAUUUUUCGGGGUGACUUGCUGCUGUGCAUACAUACAGUGCAUUUCACACACUACUUAAAAAUCAUACACUGUGGCAGUUGAACAAUUUUGUGUCUGGUUUCUCAAAACCUUCCUAAGCCAAAUCCUGAUCUAGUUUGCUAAUAUUUUGCCUAUUUAUGAAAAGGAUGUACUGUUCUCAUGCAUGGGUUUCUGCACACAGGCUGCUUUUGACUGCAAGAGGGAAAAAUGAUGUUGCGGAAAUGGAAAAAAAAGUGCACCAAAACUCUGAGUUGUAUUUGAAUGCAUAUUUACCUAAACACGUCUAGCCAGAUAGGCUUAUUGCAGUUACUGCUUUGCCUUUUCAGUGGUCCAGGAAAUAUGUUCUUGUAUAAUAAGGCAAAUUAGCUUCUAACAUGGAAAUUUAGAUAUAACCCUAGUCUAUUGUUACUUCAUUUAUUGUUAUAGAGUACAAGUAGUUUAGCAAGUGGUUCUGUUUGUCUCUCUUGAAUAUAUCAGAGGUCUUCUUUUGCCUAUUCACUGUGUCAAAAUCACUCUUAAAUAUUCUGUAUAUUGCAAGUGGCAUUAGAAGUAAUCUUUAAUUCAAACAUCUCUGGAAAGAAGCUUGUUGUUAGGUUUCUCUUCCUCCAAUACCUGUGGUAUGCUUUAUUUGAACUAACGUGUUGUGGAAUAUUAAAGAUGUGUCACAUUUGUUUAUGCUGUGGAAUAUUUGUUUAAUGGUGCAAAGAUGUGUUGUAUUCUUUUAUGUUGCAUUUGUUUAACUCUGUGAAGCUGUGUUACUU